AUGUCACCAACAUCCAUACCAACCCACCAAACCGCCGCCUGCGUCGACAAUCCCAGCCCGGGCGCGACCCUCACUAUCCGCCAUGAUAUUCCCGUUCCGGUGCCGGGAGCGGGGGAGGUUUUGGUCAAGUUGGAGUAUACGGGAUUUUGUCAUUCCGAUCUGCACAAUAUUAAUGGGGACUUGGUCAUGACGACGAAUGUUCCGGGACAUGAGGGGGUGGGGAGGGUUGUGAGAGUUGGACCUGAUACUCCGGCUGAGAUGGUGGGGAGGAGAGUUGGUGUUAAAUGGCUGUAUAAGACUUGCAUGAAGUGUCCGACUUGCAAGGUGCAGUAUACGAAUUGUCGGAAUCAGGAUAAUUCGGGGAGGAACGUUCCUGGGACAUUUCAACAAUAUGUCGUCUCUCCUGCAAAUUUCGUCUCUCUGAUUCCAGAGGAUCUGAAUCCCGAAGCUGUCGCGCCAUUGCUAUGUGCCGGCCUCACCAUGUACGGCGCUCUCAGCAAGGUAGAGAAGUUGUAUGAAAAAGGAGAUUGGGUGGUUAUAAUGGGCGCAGGUGGUGGACUGGGCCAUUUGGGCCUUCAAAUCGGCAAAGAAAUGGGAUACAGGAUGAUUGCAGUAGACAGUCCAUCCAAGAAAGACCUCUGUCUCGCAUCCGGUGCAUCCGCCUUUUUCGAUUUCAAAGAUGACAACCUAAUCCACAACAUCCAAUCACUAACCGACGGCGUCGGCGCCCACGCCGCCCUCAUCGUCGUCGGAUCCGAAAAAGCCUACGAGCAAGGCGUUGCUCUUCUCCGUCCGCUGGGCACGCUCGUAUGCGUGGGCUUUCCCCGUCCGGACUUUCAUGUGCCUGUGGCACCGCAUUACUGCGUGGACUAUGGACUGCAGAUACUCGGUAGCGCGGUGGGUACGGAGACGGAAAUGCAGGCAUUGUUGGAGAUGGCGAGGGCAGGGAAGGUGUCGACGCAUUACGAGGUGUUUGAUCUCGAGCAAAUUAAUGAUGUUGUGGCGAAGAUGAGACGGUAUGCGGUUAGUGGGAGGGCAGUGUUGCGGAUUCCGGAGGCAGCAGCUGCGAGAAUAUAA